GGCCUUAAUUGUCUGGUUUCCACCCCAAGAUGAAGUCGCUGCAGUUUUGCUUCCUAUUCUGUUGCUGGAAAGCCAUCUGCUGCAAUAGCUGUGAGCUGACCAACAUCACCAUCACAGUGGAGAAAGAGGAGUGUAACUUCUGCAUAAGCAUCAAUACCACGUGGUGUGCUGGCUAUUGCUACACCCGGGACCUGGUAUACAAGGACCCAGCCAGGCCCAACAUCCAGAAAACAUGUACCUUCAAGGAGCUGGUGUACGAGACCGUGAAAGUACCUGGCUGUGCUCACCAUGCAGACUCCCUGUAUACGUAUCCAGUAGCCACUGAAUGUCACUGUGGCAAGUGUGACAGUGACAGUACUGACUGCACCGUGAGAGGCCUGGGGCCCAGCUACUGCUCCUUCAGUGAAAUGAAAGAAUAAAGAGCAGUGGACAUUUCAUGCUUCCUACCCUUGUCUGAAGGACCAAGACGUCCAAGAAGUUUGUGUGUACAUGUGCCCAGGCUGCAAACCACUGUGAGAGACCCCACUGAUCCCUGCUGUCCUGUGGAGGAGGAGCUCCAGGAAUGCAGAGUGCUGUGGCCUCAGUCCUGUCACCACUCAACCCUGUAUUCUGGGUCUGGUUCCAUAAGUUUUAUUCGGUCUUUUUUUUUUUUAAUUACUCAAUGAAUUUUAUUACAUUUAGAAUUGUACAAUGAUCAUCACAACCCAAUUUUAUAGGAUUUCCAUCCCAAACCCCCAGCAUAGACCCCCAUCUCCCAAUCUGUCUCAUUUGGAAACCAUAAGUUUUUCAAAGUCCGUGAGUCAGUAUCUACUCAAUCUUAUUACCUUAAAGACAUGUGGGUGUUUUCUGUUUAAUAAUCUUAGAAAUCCUCUCAAGACAGGGAUAUGGGCCCAGAGGAAGGAAAUGGGCUAAGAAUGGGUGAAAGGACUAAAUGCAGCAUUCUCCCACUAGACACAGAAGCCUACAAGAGCAGGGCCAGUCUCUUUGUCAUGAGUGUGGCC